CAGUAUUUCAUCAUUGUUGCAAAAAUGAGCUGAGUCCCUAAAAAGGAAGUAAGUACAACAAUGCAGUCCAACGUUUUUUCAGUCAUUUUACCAGAGUUUUGCUUCUAAGGAAGAGGUUCUCUUUAAAUGGUUGGGAAAUACCAUCGUCCUAAAGGGUGAAGUUUGUAUGACUGAAGCGCUCCAGGAUUUAGUCAAACAAAAAUUGUUUUAAGAGGAACAAAAAAAAAUGGGAUCAAGUGUCUCCAAACCAAUGACAAGCACUGAUGAGGAAAUUGAGGCUGAAAGAGCUUAAAUGUCCUGCCCAGGGCUGUAAAAAACCACACGGCACAUCAACAGAAGCCACACACACUGAUAUACCAGAUUGCCCAACUAUUGCUCUCGAGAAAAUAUACCCCUACUUAUUUAUGGCAUUUGCUGCUGGGGUCCUUCUGACGCUUCUGGUCACUGCCAUCAUCUGCCUCAUCAAGAAGAGCUGCCCCAAAUAUCCAACCAGCAGCUCCCAGGCAAUUUCCCGGGCCUCAGACCCUUCCCACAAGUGUUGCCCCACUGCUGAGGAAGCCCUUACCUGUGCUGAUGUGUCUCUCAAAGAUUCAGAAGAAGACAGAGUCUGCUUUGCGCAAAACCAGCGAGAAGAAUUGGAACCCAUUGUCUAUGCACAAAUCAAAGUGCAAACCAAAACCAGCCCUGCCACCAGUGGAAGUGGGGAGAUCCGCUAGACCUGAUGGCCCUAGCCCGGGACCGUUUUCUCUUUUCCAGAUUUUGGUCCCCUUCAUCCUGUGCGUCCCAACAAUCCCUAUAUGGUUGUGACAUAUUUAAAUACUUAAUCUAGUAAUUUUUUUUUUUGCUUUUUUGGUGAGGCAAUCAGGGUUACGUGACUUGCCCAGGGUCAAGUCUGAGGCCAGACUUGAACUCGGGUCCUCCUGAGCUACCCCUUAUCUAGUAAUUUCAAAAGUAGCCGUAGAAGGGAUUGCAGAUCCUCUGGCUUUGACUCAGUCUGUAAGAUCAUGGAAGGUAGGGACUGUGUCUCUUUUGUAGACUAUUACAGCUAUAUAUAGCAUAUAAAGUUCAGUGAGUGCAGUUAAUGGUGUUAAGUGACUUUGGAGGAGCAGCUGGAAAAUUCACAAUAAAGACACCUUACACAAACUUGGAUUGUUUCUUGAUAGCCUGUGCCUGAGCCCUCCAAACUUUCUCUAAAGCUCAGAACCACAAGAUCACAGGCCCUUAGGAAAGGGAGUCAGUUACCACAAUGGUGAGGAAAAGCCAGAAGCCGGAAAUGGGACCAAGUGCAAUUUCUAAGGAAUUAGGAAUCUGAGGUAGAAAAGAGACAGAGGAAGAAUAAUCUGAGUAAAAGUCAUUACACCCUUCCUCUAACAGCAGACUCAUAGGCAAAGAAGAGGCUACCGUGAGGGAAACCAAGUUUGGGAAAAUGGUUAAUACUAAGCAGGAAAAUGGAACAUAAGCUAACCCCACCAGCCCCAUGAUGGCAGUGGAACCUAAGAGAAUGUUCCCCUUUGUUUCUGCUGGGCUGUUUGUCUAAGCAAGGGAGCUGGGGUUUUUCCCUAACUUCUGUGUGAGGUCCAAUUCCUUAUCCUCCUCUGUUGAAGGAACAUACCUUAUAAAGAUAUGAAAAAACGGAA